AUGGUUCCUGACGCAGAUGGCAGCGGUGAUCAGUCUCCAGCUCCCUCCCAUGCUCAAUCACCUCCCCAGGUCCCACCUGUGUCUUCUCCUGUGGCGUCUCCUGCCAACCCACAGGGCACCUCCCCAUUGCAAGGACAAGGGCAGUCACCGAGGAGAUCGCCUCGCGUAACCCAAGCACCUACCAGAUUAAGUUACGACUCAUCUGACUCCAGUUCUAAAAAGAAAAAAAAGAAAAGUCCCAGCAAGAAGUUUCUGGACAAUUACAAAAAAAUGAUCGCUAAAGGAGAAAAAGUCUCCUAUCAGUGCAUUAAAAUCGGCCACGAAUUGGGAGAAGAAACGAAAAAAGCUAAACGUUAUUUUAAUGCACAACAAGUAAGACGCCGACAUUCGAUUUCCUCCUCUACCGGAAGCUCAUCCCAUCCUUCAACAUCUAGAAGGCCACCAACUCGUUCCCCGACAUCCAGACAAUCACCACCUCACACAUCCCCAUCAAAUAAAUCAUCUCCCAAGUCAUCCAACGCUUCUCUUUCACCCAAGUCCGCUAGACGUACCCCACCAAAAGAUCCUGCCCGCCGAAGAAAACGUUCCUCCCCAAGUUCAAGUUUUCAAGACUUCGAUGAUGUUGAUGCUGCCUCCAUUCCCGACUCGCCUGCCGAAUCUCUGACAAGGUCAUCUCCCAAAAGUCAUUCAUCCCAAUCUGCUUCCCCAAUCGAGGACGACUAUGCUGCCUCUGCCGAGGAUUCUCCUCCACAACUCCCCGUCGUCUCUCCUGUAAGAACAUCUUAUCUUUUGCCCGGUGCCGCACGUGCUGUGCCUGUUACAGCUCCAAGGUGGUCCGCAGUUCAAAGGAGGCUGUCUUUCCGCAACACUCCUAGCCCAGAUGCUGACGUUAACUUAUCAUUUUCAAACAUUGCCGACUCGUAUAUAAUUAGUGACAAGCACGCGGGACUCUUCGAUCGUCUCCUAUCUGUUACCUUAACUUCCCUCACCAACAUUUUGGCUUCAAAAUUUAUCCGGAGUGUGUCCGAUGAGGAAAUGGAAAUUGAAGACUUCAACAGGGAAUAUUAA